AUGCACUCGUGGGCUGCAUCACCUGCGGAUCGGAGGUUAAGUGCACUGAUCAGACACCUCGAAGGAUCAUCGAACUCCAUGGAUUCCGAUACCAUUACAGCCUCUCCAACUUCGGGCUUUUCUGGAUCCCGAAAUUCUGUAUUCGAGCAUGUUGUUCGGGCCCCCGAAGAUCCCAUUCUCGGCGUAACUGUUGCGUACAAUAAGGACACGAGCCCGCUGAAGUUGAAUUUGGGUGUUGGUGCUUAUCGGACAGAGGAAGGAAAACCUCUUGUUUUGAAUGUCGUUAGAAGAGCAGAGCAAAUGCUAGUGAAUAACAGUUCUCGUGUAAAGGAGUAUCUUCCAAUUGUUGGAUUGGCAGAUUUCAAUAAACUGAGUGCGAAGCUCAUACUUGGUGCCGACAGUCCUGCCAUCCAAGAGAACAGGGUCACAACUGUUCAGUGCUUGUCUGGUACUGGCUCAUUGAGGGUUGGAGGUGAAUUUUUGGCUCGACAUUAUCAUCAACGUACUAUAUAUAUUCCACAGCCAACGUGGGGAAACCACCCAAAAGUUUUCACUUUAGCUGGGUUAUCUGUAAAGACUUUCCGCUACUAUGAUCCAGUAACUCGUGGACUCGAUUUUCAAGGCUUGUUGGAAGACCUUGGUUCCGCUCCUUCAGGAGAAAUUGUGCUUCUUCAUGCUUGCGCUCACAACCCAACUGGUGUGGAUCCAACUCCUCAGCAGUGGGAACAAAUCAGACAGUUGAUGAGAUCGAAAGCAUUGCUACCUUUCUUCGACAGUGCUUAUCAGGGUUUUGCAAGUGGAAAUCUGGAUGCAGAUGCACAUUCUGUUCGGUUGUUCGUGGCAGACGGGGGCGAGUGUCUUGUGGCUCAAAGUUAUGCAAAGAACAUGGGGCUUUAUGGCGAACGUGUUGGUGCCCUAAGCAUUGUUUGCAAGUCUGCUGACGUGGCAAGCCGAGUAGAGAGUCAGUUGAAACUGGUGAUCAGGCCAAUGUAUUCAAACCCUCCCAUUCAUGGUGCAUCAAUUGUGGCUACAAUCCUUAAGGACAGAAAUAUGUACCAAGAGUGGACCAUUGAGCUGAAGGCAAUGGCUGAUCGUAUUAUCAACAUGCGGCAGCAACUAUUUGAUGCAUUACGCUCUAGAGGCACACCUGGUGACUGGAGCCACAUUAUCAAGCAGAUUGGAAUGUUUACUUUCACUGGGCUCAACUCUGAGCAAGUAGCCUUCAUGAGAAAGGAAUACCACAUCUACAUGACAUCUGAUGGGCGAAUUAGUAUGGCUGGUCUGAGUUCCAGGACAGUACCACACCUCGCGGAUGCUAUACAUGCUGCUGUAACCCGACUUGUCUGA